GGUACCCAUCCCUACAGAGAAAUAAGUGCACAUUAAAUAAAACUGCCAUACCUUUGAUUAUUUUGGAGAAAACAGACGUAUAAAUCGAUGCAUAAACAACCGCAGGAAGCUGGAACAAGCGUUGAUGUCUGGAACAACGAACGUCUCUUUCCCUCGCCGUUUAAUCGUUUACAAAGUGAAAAAAGCAGAAAUGUGGUGGCAGAGUAAAAUCUUUUUUGUGUUUGUGGUAAAAAUAAACAGAUUAUGAUGGAACAAAUAAUUCACUGUUGAUGGAAAUCCGUCUGUAGACGGAGCUCUGGCACCCAUGUAAUCUGCUUCUAACGCUACAUGAUUUCUUCUUUAUUCAGAUUGAAGAGCUGCAGGUUGUCAGAGAUCAGCUGUGCUUCUCUGCUCUCAGCUCUGAAGUCCAACCCCUCCCAUCUGAGAGAGCUGAAUCUGAGUGAAGACUCCAGUCGAGACGGUUCAGAAAGGAAUCUGCAGUUUGAUUUUCUGGAGAGUCCACACUGUAGACUGGAGACUCUGAGAUUGGAGAGAUGCAGUUUGUCAGAGAUCAGCUGUGCUUCUCUGCUCUCAGCUCUGAAGUCCAACCCCUCCCAUCUGAGAGAGCUGGAUCUGAGUUGGAACUCCAGUGUCAACGGUUCAAGAACAAAUCUACUGUGUGAUUUUCUGGAGAGUCCACACUGUAGACUGGAGACUCUGAGUUUGUUUGACUGCAGUUUGUCAGAGAUCAGCUGUGCUUCUCUGGUCUCAGCUCUGAAGUCCAACCCCUCCCACCUGAGAGAGCUGGAUCUGAGAUACAACUCCUUGAGUUCUUCAGACAAGAAGCUGCUGUCUGAUCUUAAGGAGAGUCCAGACUGUAGACUGAAGACUCUGAGUGGCUGCUUUCCUCAGUGAAGCUGUGAGAGGAGAACGGUGACAGGCUUCAAGAUCGGACACAACGACAGAGAGAGAGAGAACAGUCAGCCAAUCAGAUCAGCCAGAAGCUUGUUGUGAUCACGUGUUUGAGUCGAUGUGAAGACGACUGUUGUUGUUGUUGUUCAUGUCUGCAGGAAAUAAAGCUGGAUUACAGCUGACAGCCUUACAAGAUGUAUAGAGACAGUGGUCCUCAUUCAUCCAACUGUCGUACCAUCAAAUCUGAUCUGAAAGUGUUUGUUCUCUCAUUUCAACACUAAAGAAUUGAUCAGUUCAUCUUUGUCAGAGCUCUAAGAUCAGUCUGACUGAAGCCUGCAAAUCACUGGCUCUGAUUUCACAGAACCAUCAUUACGUUUAGUAACCAUGUGGUCUUUAUACAGACCAGAACCUCUGCUGAAGUCCAGGAAUCACAUCUUUAUAUCUGUCCAUCACUUAUUUUGUUUUCUCCAAAUAUUUUCAAUGACAGCCUCCAUUUUUAUUUGUCAAAUGAUAUUUCAAAAGCAGAUAAGAUGUUGAUCAACACACAGAGACUCUUGCUUUCACUUUAACAGCAGGUCACAUGUAACAACAGUAAAUGUGUCACUAAAGUGUUUGUGCAGUAAUGAUGUGUUCAUGACUCUCUGCACUUUAUUUCCUCUGUGUACUUCAGUGAAAUCUGCAGAGUAAACAGACUUGAUGCCAAAAGUCUCUGCAGGUGUGUGAGAUCGGAGCUCAGUGUGUUCACUCCAACACGUUAACAUGAGAGCUGAGAGGAAGCAGGCUACGCUGCACAGCUGCUCCACUUCUGGUCUGAACAGCACUGAAGUCCCUGCUGGUCUUUAUACUGGAUGUGCUGCAUCACUGACUGACAGCUGAUGAAGUGAGUCUCACUAAACACUGAUUUAUGACCUCUGUUGUUUCUUCUUCUUUCAUCAGCUACUUUGAGUGAUGAUCCCUGUCAGAGUGAGUGAACAUCCAGGAGUUCGUGUUGAGAGAGGAUCAGCUGUAUCCUGAUGAUCCAGAGAGGUUGAAGCAGCAGCAGCAGCAGCUUGUGUGUAGAGAGACUCUGACUGGGCCAUGUUACUGGGAGGUAGAGUGGAGAGGAGAGCUUCAUCCAGCAGUGACUGACAGAGGAAUCAGAAGAAGUGGAGAUGAGUCUCAGUGCUGCAGUCUGAACUGAUCUGAGAACAGCUCCACUGUCACACACAAAGUCCACCAUCAUCCCUGUGUGUUCCUCUGGAUCUGACAGAGUAUCAUCAGUGUAUCUGGACUGCUCUGCUGCUGCUCUGUCCUUCUACACAGUCUCUGCAGACACACCCAGACUCCUCCACUCAACCACCUCCUCCACCCUCCUCCUGGACCUGAGUCUCAGUCUGGAUUUUGGUCCAUGUGGAUCAUCUCCAGCAGAGGCUUGUUUAGUAAGACUUUCCUGCCUUUGUAUAUAAGUUGCAUAUAUGUUUUAAAUGUAUAUAAGUUUUAAAUGUCUCUUUACUGUCAGACAUGUGACCAUCUGUAUCUGUCGAAACCAGAGUGACACUGCAGAUUAUUGCAGAAUCACUUGACACUAUAACCGUUAAUUUACAGGAUUGUACAUAUCAGAGAAUAUUGACGUGUAUUAUAUAUCAAUAUAUGAUAUUGAGUAGGCUAGUAGUGUGAUGUGUGAAACAAACAUCCCUCAGGAUUAUGUGAGAUCUGUCAAAUAGAGGAAUCAGUGCAGCAUGUAAUUUUUCACUGUCAUAAAUACUCUUGAGAACGAGAAACAUUAAAGAGGGAAAUCAGGAAGCUUGAAGUGGAAGAAAUGAGUCUAAAAAUGUAUUGGCCAUCAGGUUAGUGAGUCUAUUUCAUUAUAUGAAAGAAACUGGGCUGAUCAAAAGAAAUUAGUGUUCAGUGAAAUAUAGGAGAUGAGUCAUAACAUUUCUGAUAUGCAAGAAUGUUUGUUGCUUCACAUCUAUGAGACUCUGUGUGUUUGUUCUGUUUCAUUUAAUAAAUAAAGAUUAAACAUGACAAUUAA